UCAGAAGAUCUGGACAAUUCAGAAUCAAUUUACACGAACUCUCCAAAAUCGGACAGUGAAGGUUCGAAUUAUAUUACUGACGAUGGGUUUGUUAUUAAGGAUGAUAUAAACACAUUAUAUAUUCAACAUGGUUUUGUUAAAAAUGAUUCUGUGUUUUUUUUCGAUAAUGAGCUGAUGAUGGAUGAUUCUUCUUUUUCUUCUCAAAGUUUACAAUUUAAAAAGAAGGAGAUUGUUGAAACGAUUAAAACUAAACUAACUCAACAUAACAGGAAGAGAAAAUGCAUUAGUAAAGAGGAAAAAGAAGAAAAGGAGGAGGUGAAUGGUGUCAAUUUGGAAUCGAAUGGAGUCAAUGAAGUUUCGUCAACUUCGAGUCCUGCAUAG